AUGUCCGAGGAUACAAAAUCGAUCAAGAAGUCGAAGUCUUCGACCAAUAUAAACUCGAAAAUUCAAGUUAAACACGAAGCACCCUCAUCUCCUCCUUUCACUACGCGUCAGGAGAACAUACCCACACAACACCACGAGGUGCAAAUUACGAGCUUGAAUACAGCUACAACCACCCCAGGGAAAGAAAACAAACCUCCCAUGUGGGAUUCCGGAAAUCCGAAUAAAAAUCCUCCCCCACUACCAAUUGCACCCAACAUGAAGGAUAUGUUGAAUCACACACCUUCGAAGACAAAAAAACUGAUAGGCAAGUUUGAUUUUGGGUCUGACGAAAGGGAGAUUGUCAUAGACACAACUCAAAUCCAACAACUACUGGACAGACAUCUAAAGGCAAAUAAGUUGGUGGAACUGAAGGAGUUGCUGGAGAGCCUGAUUUCGAGGUCCAAGAAUAACAAUUCAUCGCUAGUUGAGCUGGCUCAAAACGUGAAAGAGUUCAACGAGAAUUUGAACACCCAAAGAGAGGAUUCCGAUAAGCUGGAUUAUAUUUAUCAGGAUAUUAGCAAAUUUGGCACCGAGAAACUCGUUUCGUUGUUGCAGGAAUUGAGAAAUGAGGGUUCCUCUUCUGCUACGUCAAAGAUUGACCAGGUUCUUCUUGAAAUCAGCCGUCUUGGUGAAAUUUUAGGUGGGGCUUCUUCGAAAGAUGAAGGUUCUUCAGAGUUGACCGAGAUCAUCACAUUAUUGCGCCGAUCCGGCAGAACGGAAGAGAUGAUGGAUUCGAGAAUUGACGAAAUUAGUAGUAUGUUGUACAGGGUGCCUGAUGAAUCCGAUUUACGCUAUAUGGGAAACCAGCUUCAUGAAGUCACGGAAAAAUUGCAAGAGAUUUUUGCCAUUUUGCAUGAGAAAAAAGGCGCGACGGCUGCCGAUGCUUUGAAUACAGAAAUCACACAGAUCAAGAAAGGCUUGGAUGUAACGAAAAACUACCUUAUGAAACUGGAUGUCGACUUGGGUGAAGAGGUUUCGAAAGUCUUGGAUUCCUCAAGCCAGAUAAGCAAGACGACAAAAUUUGCGGACGAAAAACUAGAGGCUAUCUUGAACCUUUUGAAUACCUCGAAGACGGAUACAAGCCAACAAAUACAGGGAGAACUUACCAAGAUCUUGGAGCAGCUGAAGAAGCUCAGCCAGGCAGAUAGUGAGACCCAGAUGAAUGAGAAGCUCGACAAGAUAUCGAGCUUCUUGAAGAACAGCACGAGUCAGAAGACAUUGGAAGCCAAGCUGGCCGAGAUUUCGAAUCAGAUCGAGGAACAAAGCAAGUCACAAGAAUCCAACCCAAGCUUGUUAAAAGUUAUCGAAGAAAAUGGCCGUCUUCAGCAAGAGGUCACCGAGUUAAAGUUACAACUCACGUCUCAAAAACAGUUUGAAGACUUACAGAAGGAUAGAGAUGCAUUGCUCACCAGUAUCGGAAUCUUAGUGGAGAGGCACAACAACUACAAGAGCCAGAUCGAAGACUUGAAAGGGUUGAAAGAGGAUCUGAUCAAGGAUAUCCAGAGCAUCAAGGCAAACGCUAAACAGGAUUUGAUGGAUGUUGGAGUCGAGACCUUCAACCAGAAAUUGGGUGGUUUGAAGAGACAACACGCUGACUUGGAGACUGAAAAGAAUAAGAGUGCUGGAUCCAAGAAAAGAAACUUUACCAGUGUGUUAUCAUAG